AUGGAAGAAGAGUCUGUUAAUUUAUCAUCUGAAACAGAAUUUUCAUCAUUUCAAAGUAAUACAAUAGAACAACCAAUAACAAUAAAUGAAAGUAAACAUGAAGAAAUUAUUACAAAACCAAUAAAUGAAUUUACAGAAUCAGAUAAAAUAUUUAUUAAAAAAGUAAAAGAAAUAGAAGAAAAAGGAGGUAUUGUUACACCACAAUUAGUCAGAGCGAUAUUGGAAGAAUUAAAUUAUAAUCAACCAAAUAUUGUUAAAUAUAUUUUAAGUGUUGGACUUAAACAAAUAUCAGCGUAUCCAUAUUUAAAUAUACUUUCAGAUGAAGAAUCAAUAAAAGAAAUUAAUUUUAUUAAAAAACAAGUACAUGGAAUUGAACUUCAAUAUAUUUUUUUAACAGAAGAAAUUGGAGUUCAAUUAUAUCAUAGAAAACAAUUUAAUUGUUUUUGUUUAAAUAAAAAACCACAAUUAUUUGGAAGAACAUCACAUUUAUCAAAUAUUUAUUGUUGUUGUUCAGGGGAUGGUUUUAUGUUAACACCAAUAUUUGCAAUUACUGGAAAUAAUUAUUCAAAAAUAAAUGAAGAAGUAUAUAAAUCAUCUGCAUUUUUUAUUAAAACAGAAAAAGGAAUAUUUAAUGGAAAUGAUUUAAUAGAAUGGAUAAAAAAAAUAUUUAUUCCUCAUAUUCAUCAAAUUAGAAAACAAAAAAAUUAUGAAGGAUUUUGUGCUUUUGUUAUUAAUACAUUUUAUUACAAUGAUAUUAAACCUAUUUUAAAUGACCUUAAAGAAAAUAAAAUUAAAGUUAUUAUUUCUCCUAUGGAAGGUUUUAAUCUUCGUCAUCCUUUAAAUUUAUUAGCAAAUGAAUGGAUUUCUCAUUUUCCUGUUAAUAUAUUUAACUCUUCACUUAAUUUUUUACGUAUGAAUGUUCAAUCAUUUUUUGAUAGAUGCAAUGAAUCUAAAAAUGAUAUUAAACAAUGGAGUAUCGCAUUUUUUAAUAAAUCAGAAUAUCCUGAAAUUAAAAAAAUGUUUAAAAAACCAAAUGAAAGAAAAAAACAUUUAAGUAAAGGAACACAACAACAAACACCACAUAAAGAACUAAUUAAUAAACAAAAAAUUGAAAAAAAAUCAAGAGUAAGUGAAACAUCAAAAAAGAAUAGAAAAUCACAUUAUUCUAUUCAAUUUAAAAAUGAUGUUGAAGAAUUUAUGUUAAAUAAGUCAAAAGGAAAUCAUAUUGGAGGAAAUAUUGUUAAUGCACUUGCAAAACAAAAUGGAGUUGAAAAAUCAAGUAUUAUUAAAGAUCUUAAAGAACAUGGAAUUACUCUUCAAAGAGUUAAAUUAAUUAAAUUAAAAUAUGAUAAACUUUGGAAAGAAGAAUGUGAAAAAACAAUUCAAUUGUUUGAUUAUUCAAUUUUUAAUAUCCUACAAAUUCAACCAUUUUUAGAACUUAUUUAUUGUAUUGAUCAAAUAGGAAUUGAAUAUAAUUCAUUAUCUCUUAAUGAAACAGAAAUAUUUACUUAUUCACAAACAUCUGAUCCUGUUCAAAGAACACGUGAUAGUUUUGAUGAUUGUAUUAUUGGUUGUAUUAAUGCAAAAGGAGAAAUAAUUCAAACAAUUACUUGUUGUGAUAAAUUUACUUCAGAACAAUUAUCAUUCAUUUAUCCAAAUAAUUGUUUUGAAAUUGGUGAUGAUUUUCAAUUUACUAAACAAUUUCUUUGGAAAUGGUUUAAUGAACAAUUUAUUAAAAAAGUAAAUCAAACUCGUGAAAAACUUCAAUUAAAACAAAAUAAAGAUGCUUUUGUUUUUCUUCAUCCAUUUAAUUCUCAUUUUAUUGACCAAAACAUUUUUAGUAUGAAUAAUAUUAAACCAAUUUAUAUUUCAUCUCCAUUAUUUGAUUUAAUUUCUCCUAUGAAAUUAAUUAAUUCUAAAGUAUUACAAGAAAUUAUCAUAAAAAAUAUUUCUACUAAAAGUAUGUUUUGUUUUAAUGCCUUAUACACUAUUUGGGGAAUGUCUAAAGAAACUAUUCAAUCUUCUUUUCAACAAUUUUUAAAUUCAAAACCUCAACAACUUGUUUCUUUGAUCCAAAAUAAAAUUGAUCCUUUUAUUUUACCUCCAAUUAAUGACCGUAUUACUCAUUUUUCUUUUGACCAUAUGAGUAGAGCUAAUGCUGAUAUUCUUCGUUCUAUUAUGGAUACUCCUGAAUUUAAGAAUAUAACAACAAAACCAGUUCAAUAUUUAUUUUUUACUUCUAAAAUUCCUUCUCUUAUUGAAUUAGUUAUUCCUUGGUUUACUUCUUCUAAAUAA